AUCCUACAGUCACCAUGAGAGGCGAGGUCUGCCAUCUUCAUAUCGGCCAGGCUGGUACUCAGCUCGGUAACAGUGCUUGGGAGUUGUACCUCCUCGAGCACGGUUUGAAGGCUGAUGGCCGUCUCGACCCCGAGGCCACUGAUAUCGGUGAGCCAGGAUCCUUCGAGACCUUCUUCACCGAGACCAGAGACAAUAAAUAUGUCCCUCGCUCCAUCUUCGUCGACCUCGACCCUUCUCCAAUUGACGAAAUCCGAACUGGUCCUUACCGUCAGCUCUUCCACCCUGAGAUGUUGAUCAGCGGAAAGGAGGAUGCCGCCAACAACUAUGCCCGUGGUCACUACACCAUUGGAAAGGAGCUCGUCGACAAUGUCAUUGACCGCAUCCGUCGUGUUGCUGACAACUGCUCUGCUCUCCAGGGCUUCUUGAUCUUCCACUCCUUUGGCGGUGGUACUGGUUCCGGUUUCGGUGCUCUUCUCCUUGAGCGUCUCUCCACCGAUUACGGAAAGAAGUCCAAGCUGGAAUUCGCUGUCUACCCGGCUCCUCGCGUCUCUACUGCCGUUGUUGAGCCAUACAACGCUGUUCUCUCCACCCACAGCACCAUUGAGAACUCCGACUGUACCUUCUUGGUCGACAACGAGGCUGUCUACGACAUCUGCCACCGUAACCUUGACAUCCCCCGUCCAGGAUACGAGCAUCUCAACCGCCUCAUUGCCCAGGUUGUCAGCUCCAUCACCUCCUCCCUUCGCUUCGACGGUGCCCUCAACGUCGACCUUAACGAGUUCCAGACCAACUUGGUGCCAUACCCACGUAUCCACUACCCAUUGAUCAGCUACGCUCCUGUUGUCUCUAGCAACCGAAGCUCCCACGAGUCUUUCAAGGUUCACGACUUGACCUUCCAGUGCUUCGAGCCAAACAACCAGAUGGUCGUCUGCGACCCACGCAACGGAAAGUACAUGGCUGUUGCCCUUCUGUACCGUGGUGAUGUCGUUCCACGCGACUGCACCGCUGCCGUUGCCGCUCUCAAGGCCAAGACCUCCUUCAACCUCGUUGAAUGGUGCCCAACUGGAUUCAAGCUCGGAAUCAACUACCAGAAGCCAAUGCGCGUUCCUGGCGGUGAGCUCGCUCCAGUUGACCGCUCCCUCAGCAUGUUGUCCAACACCACCGCCAUUGCUGAGGCCUGGAACCGUCUCGACCAUAAGUUCGACCUCAUGUACUCCAAGCGUGCCUUCGUCCACUGGUACGUUGGUGAGGGUAUGGAGGAAGGUGAAUUCUCUGAGGCCCGUGAGGAUCUUGCUGCUUUGGAGAAGGAUUAUGAAGAAGUUGCCAGCGACAGCUUGGACACUGAGGGUGAUGAGGGUGCCGAAUACUAA